AUGGCUACUGCUAUGCGCCUCAGCUCUUCCACCCUGCGAGUUUCCCUCAAGGCCCCUUCUUUCGCCGCCAGAAACACAGCUUUCACUGCGGCGAGAUGCUACUCCUCCAAGACUCAGACAUUGAAGGAGCGCUUCGCCGAGCUCCUGCCAGAGAAGGUUGAAGAGAUCAAGUCCCUGAGAAAAGAGCACGGCUCCAAGGUCGUCGACAAAGUCACCCUGGACCAGGUAUAUGGCGGUGCUCGCGGUAUCAAGUCCCUGGUAUGGGAGGGCUCCGUUCUCGACGCCGAGGAAGGCAUCCGCUUCCGUGGCAAGACGAUUCCGGAAUGCCAGGAACUCCUCCCCAAGGCCCCCGGCGGCAAGGAGCCCCUGCCCGAAGGUCUCUUCUGGCUUCUCCUGACCGGCGAGGUCCCGUCUGAGCAGCAGGUUCGCGACCUGUCGGCCGACUGGGCUGCCCGGUCCGACGUGCCCAAGUUCGUCGAGGAGCUGAUCGACCGCUGCCCGUCCGACCUCCACCCCAUGGCCCAGUUCUCGAUCGCCGUCACUGCUCUCGAGCAGACGUCGUCGUUCGCCCGCGCCUACGCCAAGGGUAUCAACAAGAAGGAGUACUGGGGUUACACUUUCGAGGACUCGAUGGACCUCAUUGCCAAGCUCCCCACCAUCGCCGCCCGCAUCUACCAGAAUGUCUUCAAGGGUGGCAAGGUCCCCGCCGUCCAGAAGGACAAGGACUACUCGUUCAACUUCGCCAACCAGCUUGGCUUUGGCGAGAACACCGACUUCAUUGAGCUUCUCCGUCUCUACCUCACCAUCCACACCGAUCACGAGGGUGGCAACGUCAGCGCCCACACGACACAUCUAGUCGGCAGCGCCUUGAGCUCUCCCUUCCUCUCGCUGGCUGCUGGCCUCAACGGUCUUGCCGGCCCUCUGCACGGCUUGGCCAACCAGGAGGUGCUCAACUGGCUUACCGAGAUGAAGAAGGCCAUUGGCGACGACCUCAGCGACGGGGCCAUCACCAAGUACCUCUGGUCUACUCUCAAUGCUGGCCGCGUCGUGCCCGGCUACGGACACGCUGUGCUCCGCAAGACUGACCCCCGCUACAUGGCCCAGCGCAAGUUCGCGCAGGAGAAAAUGCCCCAGGACCCCAUGUUCAACCUCGUCAGCCAGGUCUACAAGAUUGCGCCCGGUGUUCUCACCGAGCACGGCAAGACCAAGAACCCCUACCCCAACGUCGAUGCCCACUCCGGUGUGCUUCUCCAGUACUAUGGCCUGACUGAGGCCAACUACUACACUGUCCUCUUCGGCGUGUCGCGUGCCAUUGGUGUCCUCCCGCAGUUGAUCAUUGACCGUGCCGUUGGUGCCCCCAUUGAGAGACCCAAGAGCUUCUCUACCCAGAAGUGGAUCGAGAUUUGCAAGAAGCUGUAA